UUUGGCCGUCCUGAGGCGGCGGGGCACUGGGAGGGCGAGCGGCUCACGGGAGGGGUAUGGCCUGCACAGAUCAGAGGGCAGAGGUCCGCCAGCGACCCUUUGCUGAGCGCUGGAAGGGGGUCGCUCGUGGGAAUCGUCCUGUCAGACCUGAGGCAAAUCCUAGACAGCCUCACCUUCCGGUGUCCAGAGCGCCUGGGAUCUCUACUUGGGCCGUGGACCACGUCCACGGGGUCGGGGAAUGGCUCGGGGGUCUCGGGGCGCCCCUCACCCUUCCAAAGGCGGGACUUCCGGUCUUGGCCUCCGCCUGGGCGGGAUUUCCUGUUUUCUUCCUAGACCAGUGGGUCCUCCCUGGACGCCGGGCGAGGUUGGGAGGUCUCGGGGCAGCUGAGCCUGGCCCCAGGCACUCACCCUACCCGUAGCUACCGCGUUCAUGCUCAGGUUCCUCACAUCUUGGGGUGUGGGGCACUAAAAUUUCGACAGGAGGGGUGGUUCCACUCCUCUUCUCCUUAGCGCUUUCCCUCCUCCCCGCAUCCAAAGAGGACAGCCACAUCGUGCUCCCCCUCCGUGGGGAACACGUCUCACUUUCCUCUCAUCUCUCCCUGAUCUUAAACGAAACUUCUCCAUCGGGGCGGGUUCUUCCUCCAUCUCUCAGCUCCUUGGAGGAAACAGGACCUCCCCUAGAAGCUCAAGGGUAAGGAGGACCGCCAGGUCUUGGCUCCUCUCCUGUUGGGUAACAUUACAGGGUGCCCCUGGACCUUGGCAGAGAGGCCUGUGGAAGUCGCCCGUCGUUUUUGCUCAUGUCUCCUGAGUUGGGGGAACCCUCACAACCCACUCACCCUAUUUCACUCUCUUCAAUCCCGUGGCUACUCCAAGAUUGAAUACAGGGAGGGAGUUUCAUCCUGACGUCCUCCUCCGGGACCCCCGCUCCCCCUCUUCUCCGUAUGUCAUUAGGGGCUGGGGGCCCAUGGAAGUGAGAGCCCCAGGCCUAGCACAGCCAGGCAGUUGACUUUGGACCGGCCACUUCUUGCUUCAAGCCUCAGUUUCCUCCUCCAUCAGCUAGGAAGGACAUGAGGGGUGUAUUUGAGAGACUGGGUACCCCCCAGUUCAUUGGAUUUUGGGGGCUGGGCAGUCAGCGGUUUCAGCCCCACUUGUGCCGUGUAGCUGUGUGCUUUCUUGCCAGUGUCCUAAGCUCUCUGAGCCUCAGUUUUCCAUCUAGAUUAGAAUAUCUGCCGUUCUAAAGGCAGGCAGGAUGGCGGUCAGGAUUUAGAACAGGCCCUGGAUCUAGACUGUCAGAGUCCAGGUCCCAGCCCUGCCUCUUCCAGUUGUGGGACGGGACCCGUCAAAAUGCUGACUGUCCCUGGGCCUGAGUUUGUAACUGUAAAGUGGAGUGAACUGGAACUAAAACUCCUGCCUCAUAGCGUAGGUGAAAGGGUGGGAUGAGAAGGUUGAUCCCAUCUUGGGUCUUUGCGUGGCUUCUGGGAAGUGGUGGAUAAACCUCUUACUUCCCUCGGGGCUUUGAACUCCCUGAGUGAAUCAGAUAGAAGGUGAGAUGCCAGGUGUGGAAUCCCAGCACUGAAUAGGUGCUCAGCAAACACCGACAUCUAUGAUCGUGAGUCACAAAGGGCCUGCAAAUUUCAUUCAAACUCCAGAUUCCCUGCUCCCUUCACCCUGGUGGGCUGGACCACAGCUGUGCCCGAAUCCCUGCAGUGGCAGUGUGCUCACUGCCUCCCCAAGGAACCUCUUCCGCAGCCCAGCAGCUCUGGCUCAACCACUCUGGUUAAUGGGGAAGAAAAUGAGGCACAGAGAGGUCCAGUGAGCUGUCCAAGGUCACACAGCAGGUUUGAGACAGAGUCAGGGCAAGGACCCAGCCCCCCUACCCUCGCUCUUCUCACCCGGUAAGGAGAUGCACCCUGCAUUGUCUGCUUAGGGCCAACCUGUCCUGUGAAUACAAAUCCCUGACCUUGGGAGAAUUCACAGUCUGAGGCAGGAGGCAGCCAGGGUACAGCUGUCACAAGCUCUGGUGACGUAAGUGCUCGUGGAGGAAGCCCACAGCAUCAGAUGGGCUCCGGAAGGCGUCUGAUGCAUCCUGGGGGAUCAGGGGCGACAGAGGACCUGCCAGAACGGUCUUGUAGGAAAAAGCCACGUGGAUUUCCCAGCACAGAGAGCAGCACCAGCACCAUUUCUUACCUUUGUUCAGCUCUGACUCUCGCUGAGGCCUCAGUCAUGGAACCAGCCAGUUCCCUCUGGAAGGAAGUGUGCUGGGAAGGUGGCCACUCAGAUGUUGUGGGACCCCCCAGGGAGGGGACUGGCUGGAUCUAGGGGUGAGGGAAAGUUUCUUCCGCCCUAUGAUGAGUGAAAGGUUGGUGGGGAGCAAAGCAUCCAGGUCAGGGACCACGUUUUCUGAAGGCCUUGAGCCUGAGAGGCUCUGGAAGGCCAUGGAGGCCGGAUAGCCCAGGAGCUGGGGUUGGCCAGAACACGCAGAGCCUCCAGGGCCAGAGUGAAGGCUGAGACCCUGUCCUGAGGACUAUGGUGAGGGGUAGCAUCAGCUCUGGGUGCAGAAGGAACCCCCUGGGCCUUGUGCAGGACACUCUGGAUGGGACGGCUGGGCGAUGGAGCAGGGUGGCAUCGCCCAUCAGAUGCCAACGCAAGCCCCAUUUGGAGUUCUAAAUUUUCUAGACACCAUGUUAAAAGAGUAAAAAAAGCAGAUAAAAUUCUUCUUUUUUUUUUUUUUGAAAUAGAGAUGGGGGUCUCAACAUGUUGCCCAGGCUGGCCUCGAACUCCUGGGCUCAGUGAUCUGCCUGCCUCAGCCUCCCGAAGUGUUGGGGUUGCAGACCUGAGCCACCGUGCCUGGCUCAUUCUGCUUUUUUGUACUCAGUCUUCAGAACCCGGUGCAGGUUUUACUGUGAGAGGCAUCUCUGCUGGGACUCCCUGACUUUCCAGUACUCCCUGCUCACGUGGCUGGUGGCUCACACAGAGGCCAGGGCAGGGCCAAAGGGGAAGGAGGAAUGGGCUGGGGCAGAGGACGUCGCCAGGGUCUGGGCCUGCGAGGGCUGGAUGGUGAGAAUCCUGGGGAGUAGCGGAUUUGGGGAGGACACGCAGCACCACUGGAACAAGGUGGGUGGAGGGGUGUGAGUGCCAUCCAUGGGACAGGCAGACACCCUGAGUGGGUGGCAAUGGUGUAGGCAGCCAAGCCUCAGCCCCGUCUGUCGUGCUCUGGCCCGCAGGGCGCGGAUGGCGUCGGGGCGCCCCGAGGAGCUGUGGGAGGCCGUGGUGGGGGCCGCUGAGCGCUUCCGGGCCCGGACUGGCACGGAGCUGGUGCUGCUGACCGCAGCCCCGCCGCCACCACCCCGCCCAGGCCCCUGUGCCUACGCUGCCCAUGGCCGAGGAGCCCUGGCGGAGGCAGCACGCCGCUGCCUCCACGACAUCGCGCUGGCCCACAGGGCUGCCACUGCUGCUCGGCCUCCUGCGCCCCCACCAGCACCACAGCCACCCAGCCCCACGCCCAGCCCACCCCGGCCUACCCUGGCCAGGGAGGACAACGAGGAGGAAGAGGAUGACCCUACAGAGACAGAGACCUCCGGGGAGCAGCUGGGCGUCAGUGAUAAUGGAGGGCUCUUCGUGAUGGAUGAGGACGCCACCCUCCAGGACCUUCCCCCCUUCUGUGAGUCGGACCCCGAGAGCACAGACGAUGGCAGCCUGAGCGAGGAGACCCCCACUGGCCCUCCAACCUGCUCAGUGCCCCCGGCCUCAGCCCUACCCACACAGCAGUAUGCCAAGUCCCUACCUGUGUCUGUGCCCGUCUGGGGCUUCAAGGAGAAGAGGACAGAGGCACGGUCAUCAGAUGAGGAGAAUGGGCCGCCCUCUUCGCCCGACCUGGACCGUAUCGCGGCAAGCAUGCGCGCGCUGGUGCUGAGAGAGGCCGAGGACACCCAGGUCUUCGGGGACCUGCCACGGCCGCGGCUUAACACCAGCGACUUCCAGAAACUGAAGCGGAAAUACUGAGGCCCAGAGAGGGAGGGUCUCAGGCCGCGUCCGCCUCGUCCCACACUACGCCCCCGCCCCACUCCCGGGGCCCGCCAAUCUGAGGCCGAUCCGGGACCGGCCUCCUUGCGUCUGCAGUUCCCAGGAUUGAGCCGCCUUUGCCAAUCCACGUCGCCCUUCCAGCCCACGACCUCCCGCGCCGAGGAGCGGGAUCUGUCCCGUUUCCCGAUUGGGUCUGUCGCCUCUCUCCGCCUAGCGACAGAUUCCUUCUAUUAAGGGAUUGGCUCGCUCACUUCUAAGCUCUAAAUGGGUCAAUUCCGUUGUUUUCCGCCUAGCGACAAGGGCUUUGCUCGCACGUCAUUGGCUCCAUCCCCUAGUUGCUGGGGAGCCCUUUUUUUGAUUGGCUCGAAUCCUUUAAAGGGCUUGACCAGUCUCCGCAUAGUCAUCGUCCGCUUUUCCUGAAUUCUCCCUCCUUAUUGGCUCCAGCUUCCUGUGGGGGCGUGGCCAAGCCCUCCUGUUCCCAGAAUUGGCCUGGGGCCUUCAAUUUACAUUCUUUACACUACGGGGGCGGGGGUCGUUGACUCUGGCACCCCGUUUCAUUGGUUCCAUCCAUCCCCAUAACAGCCUGCCAAUCGAAGCCCGUCCCUGCAUCCAGGAUGGUACCAGCUCCCGUCCCUCGCCCCCCACCUCCACAGGUGCCUUAAAGGGCCCUCGUCCACCCAAGGUGGGGGGCAGGGGCCCUCACUCUCCGGCCCUGGUGUAGGGGGGAGAGUGAGGGGUUGGGGGUUCGGCAGUUGGGAAGGGCGCUCUGAGAUUAAAGAGUUUUACCUCUGA